UGGAGGAGAGAUGGUGGCUCAGGACCGGUGGGCUGGCUUUGGAUGCGGGGUGAACAGGGCUUGCAGGUGGAUGGAGGAAUGAAGGUUUCAAAAUGAGGUGAGCCCUGAGGGGACAGUGGUGUCCUCUGCUGCAGGGGGAGCAGCCAGGCGGGGAGCAGCCUGGGGAGGAGUCAAGUUUUGUUUUAGACACAUUCCUUCUGAGAGGUCUGUGGACCUCUAGACAGAGAGGUCCUGGAGGGAGAAGUUCUAGGGGGCCCUCUGACUGAGACAAGGGAGCUGAGACCUCGAGGAAGAGGGGAGGGAGCAGGUGGGCACGAGACAGCUGGAGCCAAGCACCAAGGCACUGGGCCAGGGGGCAGAGAGGAGGACUCCUGAGGGAGGAGGAAGGGGCUGAGCUUGGAGGAGAGGCAGCUGGGUGGGACUGAUGUAACCAGCUCUGGGUGGGGAGAGGGAACGGGGAGAUUCUCUCAUCUUCUUCCUCUUCCUCUUCUGUAGUCACCCAGGUGGCUCCUGGGAGGAAUUCCUCAGAUGUCACUGCUGGGGAGGGCCCUGCAUGCCUGAAGAAGGCACUUGCUGGAGAGCCGCAUGCCUGGGUCCUGGGGGAACAGGAAGUGCCAGGGAAAGGAGGAAGCUCCGAGGUGGAGCCGUCCACGUGUGGGUGGGUGGGGAGGCUGGGGUACCAGCUGCCACUGUCCCAGCUGCAUCCCAGGUUUGACAGGCACUCCCCCCACACCCGGGCGUCCUGCCUCCUGGCCCCUGCAAUUAUGGUGCUUCCCCACGCUGGUUUGCUCCCAUUCUUUGGCUUCCAGUAGCUGCAAGGGAUGAAAGGUGGCCAUCUCUAUCAUUAUGGAGCGGCCAGCUGGGUAUUGAUUGCUGCAGGGUGUACAUGGGGGGGCUGUGAAACAAAAGUAGGGUGACCCAGGGUCUGUUCCACGGUAGGGAGAGCCAAGCAGCUGGGUCCUGGGCUGGGGGACUAAAAUGAGGGACGCCUCAUCAGAGGUUACAAAUUAGCCUUGGCCUUCCAAACGGGUUUGACCAGUUCAGUUCUGAUGGGAUUCCGUGUGUCACUGGGCCAGCCCCUCCCCAGAGACUGGCCUCCUCCCCUCCGUCCUCCCCUAUAAAGCCUCUUGGGGUUCCCAGGCACCCAGACGCAGCCCACCCUGGCUUUGGGGGCCAGGAGACAGCCAUGAUGCUCAACUGGAAGCUACUGGGGAUCCUGGUCCUUUGCCUGUGUGCCGGAGGCAUCUCAGCCAGUGGGGACCACCCGUCUCCCAAACCCACAGAGGCCCGAGAGGAGGAGGGUUCCUCCACAUUUCCUCAGGGCCCUCCAGUCCCUGGGGACCCCUGGCCAGGGGCACCCCCUCUCUUUAAGGACCCUCCACCUCCAGGCCCCAAUCAUCCUUGGAGAGACCUGCCUGAAACGGGAGUCUGGCCCCCUGAGCCCCCUAGAACUGAUCCUCCUCAACCUCCCCAGCCUGAUGACCCCUGGCCAGCAGGACCCCAGCCCCCAGAAAACCCCUGGCCCCCUGCCCCUGAGGUGGACCACAGAUCUCAGGAGGAGCCAGACCUUGACCCACCCCGGGAAGAGCACAGAUAACAGGAGGUCCAGAGCUGCCCCUCUCCCAGGUGUGUGCAGGCAGAGUGCACCCAAGCUCAUCUCCACCCUCUGAUUCCCUGUAAAUCUCCCCAAUUUAGCCUACCUCCUUAAGUCCCUUCUUCAUUCCCUCAACUUUAUUCUGAACUCAGAAAGUGUGGUCAAUAUUUUCUGUCUCCUCCUGAGAUCUGUGUGUGGCCUUCACAUUUCUCCUGUUUUUCUCUGACAGCCUAAAUACACUCCUACCUCAUGUCCUGUCCUCACCCCGUCCCACUUCCUCUGCCCCCGCCGGGGACGCUGGGGCAGGGCUACCAGCGUUGUGUUCUCUGCUGCCACCUGGCGGCCGACGACUGGGAACUAUCGGUAGACAAUGAUGGUGCUU